AUGGCGCUUGUGGAGGUGGUGAUAGUGACAGCAUGGUGGUGGAGGUGGCAGCAUGGUGGUGGUGGUGGUGGUGGUGGUGGAGGUGAAGGUGGAGUUGGUGGUGGUGGUUGUGGUGGUAGUGGUGGUGGUGGUGGUGGUUGUGGUGGAGGUGGAGGUGAAGGUGGAGUUAGUGGUGGUGGUGGUGGAGGUGAAGGUGGAGUUAGUGGUGGUGGUGGUGGUGGUGGUGGUUGUGGUGGAGGUGGAGGUGGAGGUGAAAGUGGAGUUGGUGGUGGUGGUGGUGGUAGUGGUGGAGUUGGUGGUGGUGGAGGAGGUGGUGGUGGUGGUGGUGGUGGUGGCGGUGGCGAUGGCGGUGGUUGUGGAGGUAGUGAAUGUGGUGGUGUAAGUGGUGGAGUUGGAUGUGGAAGUGGAGGUGAUGUUAUUUUUUAA